AUGGACCAGUACGACUUGGAGCUGGACACCGGGCUGCGAUCUCUGGACGCGGGGCAGCAGCAGCUGAGGGCCUGGCCCCGAGCCUCGUUGCCCUCCGAGCAGCCCGGCGACUGGAGGCAGCUGGAGGCUUUGGGAAUGCCUGGGCGCCUGCAGGGUUUACUGCUAACUGUUCCAGGGUGCUUGGAGCCUGUUAUUGGCCUUGUGGACACCGGAGCCUCCCACACGGUUCUGAACAGACAAGCUGCCUAUGUUCUUGGAUUGCGGGUGCGCAUUCUCACUCCUGUGUAA